AUGAAUGGGACAUCAAUACAUACCUACUCCUCUAAGAAAGAGGCCCUUACCAUUCUGCAGUACCUCUGCAAUCAAUUUGAUCCCAUAUCUUUACCUGCUGGAGUAGCGAGCCGGGCGGAAUAUGUCCAAUUUGCCGCGGAACGAGAUCAGCCUUAUUUUCCUAUUCCAUUCAAGGAAACGGAAACAACAGCAGCACUCAAGGCAAUUGAGGCAUCCGUCGCAACCCUCCUCGCAGACACGCGGCAAGAUGGACAGGUCCCUGAGAGAAAAAUCGUGGUUGAUCUUGAAAAGACGACAGCUUUCCUAUUUCAGGCAUACUUGGCUAGAGUUGGAGGAUAUGGAAAGCUUGAUAAGGGAGUCAAGAGCAUGCUAAAAGACACGGAUUUUCUGCAGGCACAGUCUGAUCCUUAUCGCCGCAUGUCUGCCAAUUUGUAUGCCACCAAAAACCCUAAUGAGUAUUACCACAUCCAUGGGUCAUUGGAAGCGUCGACGACGCUGAAAAUGAUUGGGUUGGAACCGUAUCGGCCUGAUUUGGCGACACAUGAGGAUAUUGUGCAAACCAUUGAAUCUGCGGUGAAGAGAUUUACGGUGGAUGAAUUAGAGGAGUUGAAUGCGCAGAAUAGACAAGCUGGGAUCAAAGCAUAUACACAUGCUGAAUUUCUCAAAACUCCGCACGGCAAAACAAACAUGUCGCUUCCGCCAUGGUCGGUUGAGAGUUUAGAAGAUAAGACACCACAAAUACCUCUCCAGACUAAGGAUAACCGACUUCUAUCUGGCAUCAAAGUGCUGGAGCUAUGUCGAAUCAUUGCUGGCCCUACAAUCACGAGAAUUUUGGGUGAAUAUGGCGCCGAAGUCAUUAAAGUAACAGCUCCCUAUCUCAGCGAUGUGCCCUUCUUCCAGGUGGAUGGAAACAUGGGAAAGCGAGCGACGGAUUUGGAUCUCAAGUCUGCGGAGGGAAGAGAGGCUUUUGAGAAGCUUCUGGCCGAGGCCGACGUUGUGGUUGACGGAUACCGUCCUGGAGCGAUUGCAAAGCUGGGAUACGGUCCCAAGCAACUUUCAGAGCUGGCGAUCAAGAGAGGCAAAGGUUUUGUCUACGUCAAUGAGAAUUGUUUUGGAUACGAGGGCGAGUGGGCCUCUCGUCCUGGAUGGCAGCAGAUUUCAGACUGCGUGACGGGCAUUGCGUGGGAACAAGGCAAGUUCAUGGGUGUCAAUGAACCCAUGGUGCCCCCAUUUCCCAUCUCAGACUACGGUACCGGCUGUAUCGGCGCCAUUACAGCACUCAUCGGCCUUUACCAUCGAGCAACUCGUGGAGGCUCUUGGCACGGCAAAGUUUGCCUCCUACAUUACGAUUUACUCUUAUUCAAAGUCGGCUUGUUACCGGAACACGUUCAGCAGAAACUUCGCGAUACCAUGGGUCCAGAGGUGCUCGCUUUACGUUACCAUAAUAGCGUAGACCAAAUCUCGGGGACGGUGCUGCGGCGUAUGCGGGAAGUGUAUCCCGACUUCGUGGAGAACCCAAAAUACCUGGAUAAGUGGUAUGCCGACAAGUAUAAGGCGGAGGUGCAUGCGGUGAAGCCGGUGGCGGAGAUUGAGGGCUUAGAAUUGGGAUUCCGGAGGGCAAGCCGGCCGAACGGUUCGGAUGAAGCGAAAUGGGAAGUGAGCGAGGAAAAGGAUUACCAAUUGUAG